CUCCGUUUUUUCUCAUUUCCAACCAUAUCACCAAAAUCAUUAAAAUUAUCAAUUUCUCCAUCAUCAUCAACCUCCUCCUUGCCAUUUACAAUAAGUAAUGGCUUCGCAAAAGUCCUCGGGCAAGCUCCUUUGCGCUUCCUGCUCGCCGAAUCGUGAAAUUUGUUGCGCUUCUUGUCUCGUGCCCGUCUCCUUGACGUGGGUAGUCACCGGUGGAUAUGGUACAGUACCGACCCCCUGUCGUGCGCUGUGCAUGUUUUGGGCGGCGAGUCUACUACUUCUGCUCCUGGGUUGGUCGACCAGUCCACUGCUUCGCCCAUUUCCCCUCGCGCUUCUCCCGUUUUGGAUGACAGAUCCACUACUUCGCUCCUUCGUCUCACGCUUCUGUUUCGGCUCGUCCUGCUUCCCCUGUUUUGGCUGAUGCUUCCCCUGCUGGUCUCGCUCGUGCUCCCAUGGAAGAGCACGCUCGUAAGCUCUCUUAAUCUCCCCUGGUGUCCCAAGCUACCGAAGCUAA